AUGAAUAUGGACUUACAGAAAAAAACUGUCAAAAUAACUGUCGGUAAGAGAGUUACUCUUGUGGAAAAUAUUCCUGAAGGCAUAAACUAUUCAGACAGUGCACCAUCCCAUUUGUCUCUUUUCCAGGGAUGGAUGAAUUUACUUAAUAUGGCUAAAGCAUCUGUUGACAUAGUAUCUUCCCAAUGGAACCUCAGUCACAGUCAUCCAACUCCAUGGCAGGGGCAACACAUUUUUGAAAAAUUGGAAGAAUUAUUGUCCCAAAAUAUUGAAAUAAAAUUAGUGAGUGAUAUUCUUCACAAGAAGUCCAAAUUAUUAAUUGACUUGGAAAAAAAGGGUGCAGAAGUGAUAUAUGUAAAUUUAACUGCUUAUAAUGAUGGUCAUUUGCAGUCAUCAUUCUGGAUUGUGGAUAAGCAACAUGUGUACAUUGGAAGUGCCAGUUUAGAUUGGAGUUCAUUGGGGCAGAUGAAGGAGCUUGGUACCAUCUUAUACAACUGCAGUUGCCUGGUUUUAGAUUUACAAAGGAUAUUUGCCUUGUACAGCUCCUUGAAAUCCAAGAGCAAAGUUCCACCCACUUGGUCUAAAAGACUGUAUGCCGUGUAUGGCACUAAAAAUAAACUGCCUCUUAAGUUGAAUGAAACCAAGUCAGAAGUCUUUGUCUCAAAUUCUCCAAAGCUCCUAUGCCCUAAAGACAGGACUCUGGAUACUGAUGCAAUCUAUAGUGUGGUAGAUAAUGCUGAACACUUUAUAUACAUAGCUGUUAUGGACUAUCUGCCUAUUGUUAAUAUAAUAAAUGAGACAAGGUACUGGCCUUUUUUGGAUGGAAAGAUCAGAGAAGCACUGAUUCUACGUAAUAUUAAAGUGCGACUCCUUAUAAGUUUCUCCAAAGAAACAAAUCCCCUCACUUUUAACUUUAUUUCAUCUCUUAAAGCAAUUUGCACUGACGUUUCUGACUGUAGUUUAAAAGUUAAAUUCUUUGAUCUUGAAUCAGAAGGUGCAUGCUUUAUUAAGGAGCCAAAAAACUCUUCUCUUCUCAAGCUAAAUCGCAAUAAAUAUGUGGUGACUGAUAGAGCUGCUUAUAUUGGUAAUUUUGACUGGGUUGGGACCUAUUUUAAUCAGAAUGCUGGAGCUGGUCUUGUCAUCAACCAUGCAGACACAGGGAACAAAACCAGCAUAAUUAAACAACUUAAAGCUGUGUUUGAAAGGGACUGGUAUUCACAUUAUGCUAAAAGUUCAACAGCAAAGAUCUCAAACUGCCUAAUCUACAAACACAGCAAAGCUGCAGCCAAUAAGUCUGCCAUAAGCAAUAUGAACUGA